AUGAACACUGAUCAACAACCUUAUCAGGGCCAAACGGACUAUACCCAGGGACCAGGUAACGGGCAAAGUCAGGAACAAGACUAUGACCAAUAUGGCCAGCCUUUGUAUCCUUCACAAGCUGAUGGUUACUACGAUCCAAAUGUCGCUGCUGGUACUGAAGCUGAUAUGUAUGGUCAACAACCACCAAACGAGUCUUACGACCAAGACUACACAAACGGUGAAUACUAUGGUCAACCGCCAAAUAUGGCUGCUCAAGACGGUGAAAACUUCUCGGAUUUUAGCAGUUACGGCCCUCCUGGAACACCUGGAUAUGAUAGCUAUGGUGGUCAGUAUACCGCUUCUCAAAUGAGUUAUGGAGAACCAAAUUCGUCGGGUACCUCGACUCCAAUUUACGGUAAUUAUGACCCAAAUGCUAUCGCUAUGGCUUUGCCAAAUGAACCUUAUCCCGCUUGGACUGCUGACUCUCAAUCUCCCGUUUCGAUCGAGCAAAUCGAAGAUAUCUUUAUUGAUUUGACCAACAGACUCGGGUUCCAAAGAGACUCCAUGAGAAAUAUGUUUGAUCAUUUUAUGGUUCUCUUGGACUCUAGGUCCUCGAGAAUGUCUCCUGAUCAAGCUUUACUAUCUUUACAUGCCGACUACAUUGGUGGCGAUACUGCUAACUAUAAAAAAUGGUAUUUUGCUGCUCAGUUAGAUAUGGAUGAUGAAAUUGGUUUUAGAAAUAUGAGUCUUGGAAAACUCUCAAGGAAGGCAAGAAAAGCUAAGAAGAAAAACAAGAAAGCAAUGGAAGAGGCCAAUCCCGAAGACACUGAAGAAACUUUAAACAAAAUUGAAGGCGACAACUCCCUAGAGGCUGCUGAUUUUAGAUGGAAGGCCAAGAUGAACCAGUUGUCUCCCCUGGAAAGAGUUCGUCAUAUCGCCUUAUAUCUGUUAUGUUGGGGUGAAGCUAAUCAAGUCAGAUUCACUGCUGAAUGUUUAUGUUUUAUCUACAAGUGUGCUCUUGACUACUUGGAUUCCCCUCUUUGCCAACAACGCCAAGAACCUAUGCCAGAAGGUGAUUUCUUGAAUAGAGUCAUUACGCCAAUUUAUCAUUUCAUCAGAAAUCAAGUUUAUGAAAUUGUUGAUGGUCGUUUUGUCAAGCGUGAAAGAGAUCAUAACAAAAUUGUCGGUUAUGAUGAUUUAAACCAAUUGUUCUGGUAUCCAGAAGGUAUUGCAAAGAUUGUUCUUGAAGAUGGAACAAAAUUGAUAGAACUCCCAUUGGAAGAACGUUAUUUAAGAUUAGGCGAUGUCGUCUGGGAUGAUGUAUUCUUCAAAACAUAUAAAGAGACCCGUACUUGGUUACAUUUGGUCACCAACUUCAACCGUAUUUGGGUUAUGCAUAUCUCCAUUUUUUGGAUGUACUUUGCAUAUAAUUCACCAACAUUUUACACUCAUAACUAUCAACAAUUGGUCGACAACCAACCUUUGGCUGCUUACAAGUGGGCAUCUUGCGCAUUAGGUGGUACUGUCGCAAGUUUGAUUCAAAUUGUCGCUACUUUGUGUGAAUGGUCAUUCGUUCCAAGAAAAUGGGCUGGUGCUCAACAUCUAUCUCGUAGAUUCUGGUUUUUAUGCAUCAUCUUUGGUAUUAAUUUGGGUCCUAUUAUUUUUGUUUUUGCUUACGACAAAGAUACAGUCUACUCCACUGCUGCACACGUUGUUGCUGCUGUUAUGUUCUUUGUUGCGGUUGCUACCAUCAUAUUCUUCUCCAUUAUGCCAUUGGGGGGGUUGUUUACGUCAUAUAUGAAAAAAUCUACAAGGCGUUAUGUUGCAUCUCAAACAUUCACUGCUGCAUUUGCCCCUCUACAUGGGUUAGAUAGAUGGAUGUCCUAUUUAGUUUGGGUUACUGUUUUUGCUGCCAAAUAUUCAGAAUCGUACUACUUUUUAGUUUUAUCUUUGAGAGAUCCAAUUAGAAUUUUGUCCACCACUGCAAUGAGGUGUACAGGUGAAUACUGGUGGGGUGCGGUACUUUGUAAAGUGCAACCCAAGAUUGUCUUAGGUUUGGUUAUCGCUACCGACUUCAUUCUUUUCUUCUUGGAUACCUACUUAUGGUACAUUAUUGUGAAUACCAUUUUCUCUGUUGGGAAAUCUUUCUAUUUAGGUAUUUCUAUCUUAACACCAUGGAGAAAUAUCUUCACAAGAUUGCCAAAAAGAAUAUACUCCAAGAUUUUGGCUACUACUGAUAUGGAAAUUAAAUACAAACCAAAGGUUUUGAUUUCUCAAGUAUGGAAUGCCAUCAUUAUUUCAAUGUACAGAGAACAUCUCUUAGCCAUCGACCAUGUACAAAAAUUACUAUAUCAUCAAGUUCCAUCUGAAAUCGAAGGUAAAAGAACUUUGAGAGCUCCUACCUUCUUUGUUUCUCAAGAUGACAAUAAUUUUGAGACUGAAUUUUUCCCUAGGGAUUCAGAGGCUGAGCGUCGUAUUUCUUUCUUUGCUCAAUCUUUGUCUACUCCAAUUCCCGAACCACUUCCAGUUGAUAACAUGCCAACGUUCACAGUAUUGACUCCUCACUACGCGGAAAGAAUUCUGCUGUCAUUAAGAGAAAUUAUUCGUGAAGAUGACCAAUUUUCUAGAGUUACUCUUUUAGAAUAUCUAAAACAAUUACAUCCCGUUGAAUGGGAAUGUUUUGUUAAGGAUACUAAGAUUUUGGCUGAAGAAACCGCUGCCUAUGAAGGAAAUGAAAAUGAAGCUGAAAAGGAAGAUGCUUUGAAAUCUCAAAUCGAUGAUUUGCCAUUUUAUUGUAUUGGUUUUAAAUCUGCUGCUCCAGAAUAUACACUUCGUACGAGAAUUUGGGCUUCUUUGAGGUCGCAGACUCUAUAUCGUACCAUUUCAGGGUUCAUGAAUUAUUCAAGAGCUAUCAAAUUACUGUAUCGUGUGGAAAAUCCUGAAAUUGUUCAAAUGUUUGGUGGUAAUGCUGAAGGCUUAGAAAGAGAGCUAGAAAAGAUGGCAAGAAGAAAGUUUAAAUUUUUGGUCUCUAUGCAGAGAUUGGCUAAAUUCAAACCACAUGAACUGGAAAAUGCUGAGUUUUUGUUGAGAGCUUACCCAGACUUACAAAUUGCCUACUUGGAUGAAGAGCCACCUUUGACUGAAGGUGAGGAGCCAAGAAUCUAUUCCGCUUUGAUUGAUGGACAUUGUGAAAUUCUAGAUAAUGGUCGUAGACGUCCCAAGUUUAGAGUUCAAUUAUCUGGUAACCCAAUUCUUGGUGACGGUAAAUCUGAUAACCAAAACCAUGCUUUGAUUUUUUACAGAGGUGAAUACAUUCAAUUAAUUGAUGCCAACCAAGAUAACUACUUGGAAGAAUGUCUGAAGAUUAGAUCUGUAUUGGCUGAAUUUGAGGAAUUGAACGUUGAACAAGUUAAUCCAUAUGCUCCCGGUUUAAGGUAUGAGGAGCAAACAACUAAUCAUCCUGUUGCUAUUGUUGGUGCCAGAGAAUACAUUUUCUCUGAAAACUCUGGUGUGCUGGGUGAUGUGGCCGCUGGUAAAGAACAAACUUUUGGUACAUUAUUUGCGCGUACUUUAUCUCAAAUUGGUGGUAAAUUGCAUUAUGGUCAUCCGGAUUUCAUUAAUGCUACGUUUAUGACCACUAGAGGUGGUGUUUCCAAAGCACAAAAGGGUUUGCAUUUAAACGAAGAUAUUUAUGCUGGUAUGAAUGCUAUGCUUCGUGGUGGUCGUAUCAAGCAUUGUGAGUAUUAUCAAUGUGGUAAAGGUAGAGAUUUGGGUUUCGGUACAAUUCUAAAUUUCACUACUAAGAUUGGUGCUGGUAUGGGUGAACAAAUGUUAUCUCGUGAAUAUUAUUAUCUGGGUACCCAAUUACCAGUGGACCGUUUCCUAACAUUCUAUUAUGCCCAUCCUGGUUUCCAUUUGAACAACUUGUUCAUUCAAUUAUCUUUGCAAAUGUUUAUGUUGACUUUGGUGAAUUUAUCUUCCUUGGCCCAUGAAUCUAUUAUGUGUAUUUACGAUAGGAACAAACCAAAAACAGAUGUUUUGGUUCCAAUUGGGUGUUACAACUUCCAACCUGCGGUUGAUUGGGUGAGACGUUAUACAUUGUCUAUUUUCAUUGUUUUCUGGAUUGCCUUCGUUCCUAUUGUUGUUCAAGAACUAAUUGAACGUGGUCUAUGGAAAGCCACCCAAAGAUUUUUCUGCCACCUAUUAUCAUUAUCCCCUAUGUUCGAAGUGUUUGCGGGCCAAAUCUACUCUUCUGCGUUAUUAAGUGAUUUAGCAAUUGGUGGUGCUCGUUAUAUAUCCACCGGUCGUGGUUUUGCAACUUCUCGUAUACCAUUUUCAAUUUUGUAUUCAAGAUUUGCAGGAUCUGCUAUCUACAUGGGUGCAAGAUCAAUGUUAAUGUUGCUGUUCGGUACUGUCGCACAUUGGCAAGCUCCACUACUGUGGUUUUGGGCCUCUCUAUCUUCAUUAAUUUUUGCGCCUUUCGUUUUCAAUCCACAUCAGUUUGCUUGGGAAGAUUUCUUUUUGGAUUACAGGGAUUAUAUCAGAUGGUUAUCAAGAGGUAAUAAUCAAUAUCAUAGAAACUCGUGGAUUGGUUACGUGAGGAUGUCUAGGGCACGUAUUACUGGGUUUAAACGUAAACUGGUUGGCGAUGAAUCUGAGAAAGCUGCUGGUGACGCAAGCAGGGCUCAUAGAACCAAUUUGAUCAUGGCUGAAAUCAUACCCUGUGCAAUUUAUGCAGCUGGUUGUUUUAUUGCCUUCACGUUUAUUAAUGCUCAAACCGGUGUCAAGACUACUGAUGAUGAUAGGGUGAAUUCUGUUUUACGUAUCAUCAUUUGUACCUUGGCGCCAAUCGCCGUUAACCUCGGUGUUCUAUUCUUCUGUAUGGGUAUGUCAUGCUGCUCUGGUCCCUUAUUUGGUAUGUGUUGUAAGAAGACAGGUUCUGUAAUGGCUGGAAUUGCCCACGGUGUUGCUGUUAUUGUCCACAUUGCCUUUUUCAUUGUCAUGUGGGUUUUGGAGAGCUUCAACUUUGUUAGAAUGUUAAUCGGAGUCGUUACUUGUAUCCAAUGUCAAAGACUCAUUUUUCAUUGCAUGACAGCGUUAAUGUUGACUCGUGAAUUUAAAAACGAUCAUGCCAAUACAGCCUUCUGGACUGGUAAGUGGUAUGGUAAAGGUAUGGGUUACAUGGCUUGGACCCAGCCAAGUAGAGAAUUAACCGCCAAGGUAAUUGAGCUUUCAGAAUUUGCAGCUGAUUUUGUUCUAGGUCAUGUGAUUUUAAUCUGUCAACUGCCACUCAUUAUAAUCCCAAAAAUAGAUAAAUUCCACUCGAUUAUGCUAUUCUGGCUAAAGCCCUCUCGUCAAAUUCGUCCCCCAAUUUACUCUCUGAAGCAAACUCGUUUGCGUAAGCGUAUGGUCAAGAAGUACUGCUCUUUGUACUUUUUAGUAUUGGCUAUUUUUGCAGGAUGCAUUAUUGGUCCUGCUGUAGCCUCUGCUAAGAUCCACAAACACAUUGGAGAUUCAUUGGAUGGCGUUGUUCACAAUCUAUUCCAACCAAUAAAUACAACCAAUAAUGACACUGGUUCCCAAAUGUCAACUUAUCAAAGUCACUACUAUACUCAUACGCCAUCAUUAAAGACCUGGUCAACUAUAAAAUAA